AUGUGGAACUAUGUAUACCUAGAUAUCAGCAAGGACACUGAUGGAAAAGAUAGAAGUAAUUACAAGGACCAGUGUGGAUGUAUAAUCAGUCUCACCAGAACAUAUGAUCCAAAAUUGCGUACAGAUCACAAUAGGUUAACUGGUUACAAAGUAUAUACCCAUACAUUACCAAGUAGUUUGGUAUGGAGAUACUAUCUUGGUGUAAUAAAUUACAAAAGUAUUAAACAAGAAGGAUUAGGUGGUUACAAUAACUACAGCAAUAGUAAAUAUGUUUCUGUAUUUUAUUGGAGGAAUGACGAUAAGAAUUUACUUCCACUAUUGAUCGGGAUAAAUAUUGGUGGAAAACAAAAAUAUUUUACGAAACAAAACAUAAAUAACGAAUGGUGGAAAAAAUACAAUAAAUCACCUUACUCCCCUGACUUUCAUUUUAAAGAUGUACUUGACAAGACCUUUAAUAAAAUCGUCAUACUAAACCUGAAUGCAGAUGCAAGUAGUAGCUACUGUGGACAUCCGUCCAAAGAAGACUUUAAGAAAUCUUAUGGAUCAGAUCUCAAACAUGCAAAUUGCGAAUACAUCACAAUUUCUGUGACUUGGAAGAAUAAUACACCAUGUCAAGGGUAUGUUGCAUUUACACAUUAUCCUGAUAGUAGUUCAAUGCGUAUUCUUUCAACAUGGCAUAGCAACAAAUUUCUUCCCUUCGAAAACAACUUGCUUAAAUCGCAAUACGAGUUGGCAACCGUAUAUUAUGCAGAAAGUGAUGACAACAAGAAACAUCCUCUCCUUGUUGAGCUUAAAAAAACUUCUGAUUUACGUGAAUUUUAUGAGCCUUAUGGAAAUACUUGGAAACAGGAAUUUAAAAACUCAACCCACUAUGAUAGCCAACUGAAAACAAGAAUUUUGAAGACGUUGGAUAAAUACUCCUGCAAACUACACGAUGCGAUUCCUGUUAAUAUUUCAAAGAAAAGUGGUAGUUACUAUUGCGAGGGGAAUUGUUCUAAUAAUCACAGAAUUAAUCUUGGAAAAGAUAAAAAUAGCAAUAGUGGACUUGAAAAUUAUGAAGCGUAUACCCAUACACUUCUAAAUGGUAUCAGUUCUACAAUUAGUAGAUUUAGAAAUGAGAAUGAAAAUAUAAUUUUACAUGGCCUUCUUCUCCCUAUACAUGCGGUUACUCAAAUUACCGUAUACUUUCCGACAUGUACUACUAAAAGCAUACCUAUAUUGAUAAAUAUCUCAAAUAGGAGCACUGAAAAAAACUGGUACCGCAGAGAGUCUAAAGAAAGACCUAAUGAAUGGAUAGCAGUUGAAAGUGUCCUAGAUAAUAUAAGACCAAAUGAUGAGGAUAAAGAAAUAAUCAUAACUGUUCUUAAUGAAAUAGUAAAAGAUUUGGGUAUAGAAGGAUGUAAAAAAAAUCUAACAAAAGCUAAACCUAAUAUUCUCCCGCCUGGAUACGUUUUAAAGGAUUCUGCAUUCAUGAAGACAUGUGGGAUGGACAUUAGAAGUAAUUGUGAUGGAGACGGAUAUGACGAUGACAGUUUUCCUCAAAUAAUUAAGCCCAAAAAGGAGGAAAGUGUUGAUAGUUUAGAAGUAAAGGUAACUGGAGAGCCUGCUGGUGCAAAAACCUUUGGUCAUGGGUCCAUCACUGGACAAAGUAAUACGGAAAUUAUAAGUGGUGGAGGUAGUGUAUCUACAGAAACUAUUGUAUCUAUGGUAGAUUGGAAACAUAUGGGAGCUGGAACGAUGCAUAAAGUGGAAGAUACUGUGCCUAAGAGACAAACAGUUUUAACAAUGACAGGUUCUAAAGAUACUAUUUCUUUUACCACCCCUGCUCUUCUUGGAACUCAAGGUGGUGGAGAUACUAUAAUUGUUGGUGAUACCACUAUCUAUACUGAUCAAGAAGGAACAUAUAAAGCACGACUUCCUGAUGGUUCUGAAGCACUAGUUAUUGUCACUGCACCAGGUAAAUUUUAUGCUGUUGCCGCUCCUCCUACUGCUGAACUUGAGGGUUCACUUCAAGAACAAUCUGUUGUCUCAUCUGACCUAGAUACUGCUGGACCUCAGAAACGUGGUGAAGAUGGAGAUUCCGGUCAAGGUGUUAAAGGAAAAGCUAAACAAGAAGAAUCUAAACCUGGUAAUUCUGGUGCUACUACUGGAGGAGUCCCUGAUGGACAGGCUCAUACUGAACAUAGUCUUGAUAAUAAAGCUAAUGUUACUGCUGAUACUAGCUUGGGUACUGAAGCUGGAACUACUGGUGUAAGUGGUAGUAGUGAUGGUGGAUCUCCUCCUCAACCUCAUGCUGAAGAACCUCCUAAAGUUCCUCAACAAGAUGUCCAAUCUAACACAAAUGCUAAGAAUACUCAAGAUGAAGGUGGUAAUCCUGGAGGUGCUGGGUUGACUGGUGAUAGAGGUAUUUCCGGUCUUCCUGGACUAGGAGGUGUUCUUACUGGAACUGAAGGAGAAGCUGAAAAAGCUAAUUCCGAAACUCUUGUUGGUGAACUUACUGGUACUACUGCUUCGGGUCAAUCCAAUGCUCAGCCUUUUAUUUCCGGUCCUAUUACUGCUGGUGGUCUAGCUGUUCUCACAGGUGUUGGCACAUAUGGUGGCCCUCUUGCAGGAGCUGGUGGUCUUACUGGACUUGGUUGGUGGGCCUAUAAGAGCUUUAAAAAAGAUCCCUGGGUAAGACAAAUAUAA